UAUUUGGGUGGAUUCGAGAAGAUGCCCUCUUCGGCCUCUUCCAGAGAAAAGCUCCUUCUUAAGAGGAAUAAUAACAACGAGGAGGAGGACGACGAGGAGGGUGAACGUCGUGUCGAAAAUAGAACGUUCUUUCGGCUGAGGAUACGCUCGUCGAGCUUCGGGCAUGCGGAAGGUGUCUUCUGCUCUUUCUUCUUCUUCUUUGGAGACGGCGAUCGAGAGGAAUUCGAUCGGGAAGUCUAACUCGUCGAGAUCGAUCUUUCGCAGAUAUCAGCAUGUCUCAGGCGUCGUUAUCGAACGAUUUGGAAGGCACGAUGAACGAUUUGGAGGGAAGUCAGCAGCAGCAACAUCCUUGUCAAUGCUCGACGAUGAGCGGCAUUAAUUCGAUAAGGACGCAACGGGAGAGAGCGGAGAGAAGCGUGGGAAGCACGAGGAUCUCGAGCGGUCAGGAACUUCCUCGAGGAUUGGAGGCGCUACAGAGUGCGUUCGAGCCGUUAAGAAGAUUGGACAAUACGAUGUCUCAUCAGGAGACGCAACAAUUGAGCUUGGAGAAGGCGAGAAGCGUCGAAAUUUUGGAGCAUCAAAGUACGCCGCUCUCGCGACACGCUCGCAACGUUCCGUGCAGUCCAAGAAAUUUGGAUCUUUCGCGAAAUCUUGCCUUCGAGGCGGCGAGAAGAGUCCAGGAGUCAUCGAGUUUGCAGGAGAGUCGACAAAGUUUGACGUCCAGUCCUAGUCAUCCGUCGGAUAUCAGCCAGAGUCCGAUGGAAACGUCGGCGAAGGAAACGUCGGAAAAACAAUUGGACGAUCCCUGUGGUUUGUCUCCGAAGCAAAACAUCUCCAAGGAUAAAUUGAAAAACAUACAACAGGUUUUGAACACCUAUCAGCAUCAUCGAAUACCUAUCAGCGGGGAAUCUAAUACGCCGGAACGGAACGUUCAUGGCCAUUUUCACGGCGAUUCUCACGUGCAUUUGCACAAGCACAACGUCGAUAACUCGAGAACCAACGCGAAUCUAGAAGCGAGCGACGGUCUUAAGGGAUUCCAGCAGCGACAGCAUAGCCAUCAUCAUCACGGAACGCCAAAGCCCUCGAACGUGACUCAUCAUCACGGGGCCGCGAUGAUGCACCAUGCCGGGGCACAUCAUCAUGGAAAUCUCGCGACCGGCUUGGUCGGUCACAUACACGGAAGCUCGACGACGGGUCUAAGCGGAUCCGGGAACGCUACGCCGACGAUCGGUCACGGCAAUACGGCCGGUGGCAAUAAUCCAAAUUCUCAUCAUCACGCCAAUCCUAUCGCCACAACGACGACGACGACCACGACGACGUCGUCGACGACGACGACGGCGAUGACGGCUACGACGACCACGACGGCAUCGAUCGUCGGACAAAAGGGUUCGCCUAUGGCGAGUCAUCGACAUCCUACCGUGUCGAGUGCCAUCAGCGGUGCCUCUUCUAACUCGAGCAUGAUGAAUCACGGCGGAUCGCCGAGCGUACAUCGGCACGUCGUAAACGCGAGUGCCAGUUUGUCGGCUACUCCAUUGGUCGCUCGACAUCACGGCAGCUCGACCGGUAGUUUGACCGGUCGCUCGAGCGUCAAUCAUCAUCACGUGAGUUCCGGUAUCUCCUGCGAAUCGUCCUCGUCGAACGCGAAUACCAGGACUCAUAGCAGGUUGGAUCACGUUCACGAUCAUCAUCAUCAUCUGCAACAGGUUCACUCUUUGCACCCUGACUCGAGAUCGCGAGAUAGAGCAGCCUCGUUGGUUCACCCUCUCGACGAACAUCACGGUCAUCACCACGGACACGUCCAUGCUCAUGGUCAUCCUCACGUGCAAAACAACGAUACCAAAAAUUCAUCCCUGAUAAGGGUGGACGCGAUCCAGGUGUCAGCACCGUCGAAGAGCAGCAAGUGUCAGUGUCACGCUGUACAACAGGCUAGCGGGAACAAGAGAAGUUCGGAGGGUGAGACCGACGACGGUGGAAUCGUCGAAGUAACGUCGAGAACCCAUCAACCUCCGGCUCUACCUCCACGACCACCUCCCAGACCAACGAGACGUUACGAGACAGCGACUGCCGAUCAAUGUCAUACCGGCGAAGGUGGCUGCUGCAAGAAAUAUGUCGUUCUUUGUUGCCUUUGCGGUGGGCUCAGCGCGGCAGUCGGUAGUCUCUUUUUGGCGGUGCACGCUGUCCUUUCAGCCCACACGGCCAGCUUAGCGCUCUUCGAAACCGUGCCGUCUUACAUUCCUGGCAUAAUGUUAAUACUGAUGGGACUAUUUACGAUGAUUCUGGCGAGACGAAAGCACAGAUACGGGCUUUUGAUGAAAGUCUGCGGCUCGGUCGGCGUCGUGUGUGCGCUGGUGUGCGUACUCGUGACGGUCACAACGACGGUGAUACACAUGUCCCGACUGCAGGGUCUUCGAGAGUGCGUUUAUACCGCAAGAGCCAGAUCGUGCACCUGUUACGGUACGCCGCAAUCGAAGGAGGACCCCGGUGUACUGUUCGAAGGUACUCCGCAUUGCGAAGCCGUUCACGGCGCCCUUUACGCGUGCCUGCGAGCCCUUUUCGGCGUCUCGGUCGCCGGGAUACUCGCCUGCAUAUUCUCCUGCAUGUUGGUUUAUCAACUCCUAAGCCACGAAAAGAAAAAGAUGUAUUGGGAACAGCUGGAGCUAAGAUGCAGAUCGUUGUACGGUCAAGGCGGGCCGGUCGGCCCACCGACCGCUUCCUGCGGGUGUUGCAACGAUUGCGGUGGGGCCAGUCCGUGGUGGGCCCAAACGCCAGGAAAUCUCUACACGCCGAAUCCGGACUUGGCGCCGUCGAGACGGUGGCGAUUACCCUGGUCCAGAUCCAGAGGACCAGCGCCGAGUCCCGACUCGAAUUACGGCUUCCACACGCAAACGAGACAGGCCGAGACUAACGCCGACAACGCGGCUGGUCCUUAUAGCGUCCUCAAUUCGCAGUCGAGCGGUCCUUAUUCCGUUCUGAAUACGCCGAACGGACCCUACACGCCAAGCACCGCGUCUUAUAGCGUUUUGGAGACACCGGUUCCUCUCUGGGGCCCGCCACCACCUUACAGCGACCCGAACAGUCCAGCUCGUAGACCGCAAGUCGCGGACGCCAGGCCGAGGAUGAGCAAGAGGAUCGACAAUUUUGACGGCAACGAAGAUCACAGAUCGAGAUCGGCGAAACGUCCCUCGGACAAUUACGAGAACGCCGAAGAGAUUUCGAACAGUACCGAUCCCGAAGGCGGAAACGACGGUACUAUGAAGGGUAGGAGAGCUAGGAAACCUCUGAAAGGCGUCGAGAACGGAGCUUUCCAACAGGAACCCAAUCCCGCUGCCAAACAAUCCGAAAGCGAAUUGUAUUUCGGCGACGUUUCCUCGUGUUGCGGUCCGGAGAGUAGCUUUUACGAUCUGGCUGUCGAGAAAGAAGGAGCCGAACAUUCGGAAGGGGUCGAUUAUUUGGCGGCUCGUUUGGGCAAGCGACAGCUGUCUAAACGAUCGAGACUUCCUCUUCCGUUGCCCUCGGACGGUGGCGACAUACCGUCCGACAGUUAUGCCAACAGCGACGAGCCCAGAAACGCUAGGGGUCCCUUUUUAGCUCCCGAUGCUCAAUACGAGGUCAUUCAGCAAGCCCGUUAUUCGUAUUACUCGCCGAAAGAGGACGAAGAGCUCGAGGAAGAGGCUGCCACGUCGAGUUACUUCAGAGAAGAGGAGACUGAUCGUCCAAGGGACAGAGAUUACAGGGACUAUCAUAGCGGUCAGGAAGAGGAGGCACCCCAGUGUUGUUUGAGCGACUCUACGACCUUGGAUUCUGGCUGGCAAAGCGCCGAGCAGCAACAAUCGGAUGAUAACGUUCGACCGGUUAACGUGUAAUCGGUUUUCCUUUAUUUUUUCUUUUCUCUGCUUCGUUAUUUUUUUUUUUUUUUUUUUUUUCGGAAGGAGAGAAUCGACAGGAGGUGGAGGAAUCUCGUAUUUAAGAACGAUUUGAAUCGUUUCGAAGAUCGAACACUCGCAGACUUUCAUCGAUCUUUCUCGUUCGCAUCCUCGAUCUUCGACGAUGGAGACUGAAACGACGUUGCCAUAUAUAAAAUUAUUCUUUAAAGCCAAGACGCGUUAUUUAAUGUAUUCGUUUCGAUGGAAAACGAGAUUAGUCUAGUUAGAGAAAAUAGCGAAUAACGUAGAGAAAGGUAGGCUAGUUAAAGUAAACUCAACGAUGUCGCUCAUGGUUGCUCGUAGUAAUCGUUACUAGUAUUUAAGUACAUCGUAAGAAGAAAAAUUACAUCUUUAUUUUCUAGACGAACAUUGUAAAAAAAAUCCACGAACGAAAGAGGCUUGUCCGAUGCACCAACGACAGCCACACGUAGACGCAACUGUGACUUUGAUUGGUAAAUCGUCGCGAAUGGGUUAUCGGUGUGUUCGUCCGUGUGAGUGCGCGUUUGUGCGUCGCUCGUUGGACCCUUCGACGAUCCUCGUCGUUUCUCCGAUAUAUCGCUAAAGGAAACGUCCAUGUACAAAAUCGUGCUUUACUCUUGCCAUUAUCUCGUUAGAUGUUUUAGCCUUAAUACGUCGAGCGCUUAUUAAUUGUUGUCGACGAAGUCGUUAUCGAACGAUUCUUACCGUUAUUUACGAUUAGUAGUCAAAUAUUUCGUUUCGAUCGAACGCGCGAGCUCGCUUGGAAAGAGUUCUCUCGCGCUCUGAGAACGCGACGCCGACUGUACGUCGCGUGUCGAUCGUAAUUUUCAUUCGUUCAACUUACGAAGCUUUUAAAGAUAUCAUACGUAUCGCUUCGUAUACGUACCUACGUACUAAACGCGUACGUACUGUCAACAAUUCAGGUGGACCAAGGAUAACGAUCGCGUUUAAAAACAAUAGGAAUAGAAUAGAAAUAUUAUCUAUCGAUCAUCUAUUUGCCGUUGCGACGAUCGUGAACGAAGCAAAACUCGUAAAUGACAUAAUUUUAUAUCGCAAGGAACAAUGAGAAGGAGAGAACCAGACGCGCAGGUAGAUAGACAAUGAAAAAGGUUGGAUGGUCGAAGAAAUAGUUUAACGUUGUUUACUCGAUCAAGUGUACCUUAAGAAAGAGAAAGGAAGACGUAGAUAACGGAAAACCCAAUGCGCCGUGAAACGAUGUAAUUAACGAUUACAGAGAAUAAAGCUUUGUUUUGUAAGAAAAA